AUGUCCAACAUGUUGACAUCCAACCGGCUGAAACAGGUCCUGAGCCAGGGAAACCGCCCGGCCAUGGGGUUCUGGCAGAUGCUGCCUGGGGCCAACCUCUCGAGAGUGCUAGCCCGCGCGGGGGCCGACUGGGUUAUGGUGGACUGCGAACACGGCAACAUUGAUGAUGCUGCCAUGCAUGAAGCGGUUCCUGCCAUCGCUGCUCUGGGCGUUUCGCCGAUCGUCCGCCUACCAGACCUCCACCCGUGGAUGGUGAAACGAGCCUUGGAUACCGGGGCACACGGCAUUCUUGUCCCCCUUAUUCGGACCGUUGACGAGGUGAAAGCGGUGGUUGCCGCGGCUAAAUUCCCGCCAGAAGGGCAGCGCGGAUUUGGUUCUCCGUUUGUGCUGCAGAACUUCGGGCCCGGGUUGACUAUGACAGACUAUCUGCAGCAAGCAAACGGAAGCCUCUUGACCAUGGUGCAGAUCGAGACACAAGAAGCGCUGGAUUUGGUGGAAGAGAUAGCGCCGCUCGUUGAUGUCGUGUUCGUUGGGCCAUUUGACCUGGGGAACAACAUCGACCACCCAAUCAUCAACGGCAAGAUGGACCCCGAGCUGGACCAAGCCAUCGGCCGGAUUCUGAAGGCAACCGUGGCAGCUGGCAAGAAGUGCGGCAUAUACUGCAGCUCUGGGGAGGAGGCGAGGGAUCCGCAAUUCUCGCAAACGUCUAACUCUCGGUCAGUCGGACGCGGUCAAACAGAGACGGCCAUGGCGCAGAAGUGUGUCCAUCAAGGUUGCGGCAAGAUAUUUGCAGAUACAGAUGAGAUCUGCCGCUACCACCCGGGCCCUCCAAUUUUUCACGAAGGACAAAAAGGAUGGAGGUGUUGCAAGCCACGCGUCCUCACCUUCGAGGAGUUCAUGGCCAUCGAGCCCUGCACCGAGGGCAAGCACAGCACCACGGAUCUGCCACCCAAGGUCGAGAAGGCCGAGGCGGAUCCGACCCUCCUUGCGGCCGCGAAUCUCCCUCCACCCCCGCCUCGUGCCCCGAUUACUGCACCCCAACACAUACCCACCCCGCCCCCGCCGACCCCAGAUUCCGAGGAUGACGACGAGUCAGUCGAGAUUCCGGAUGGCCGGGUCUGCCGGCGCAAAGGCUGCGGGGUCACCUACAAGAAGGGGCCCAGCCGGGAAGGGGAGAAGUGCGUUCACCACCCCGGCGCCCCCAUCUUUCACGAGGGCAGCAAGGGCUACACCUGCUGCAAGAGACGCGUACUGGAGUUUGACCAGUUCAUGAAGAUUGAGGGCUGCAAGACCAAGGACCGGCACUUGUUUGUGGGGAGUGGGAAGAAGGACGCCACCGGCAAGGGGCCUGACGCUGGGGGUGAAGAGCUGCUGGAGACGGUUAGGUACGAUUACUACCAGACCCAGACAGCGGUAAUUGCCUCCUUCUUUCUCAAGAAGAUUGACAAAGAGGCCGCCAAAGUGGAGUUUCAGGAACGCGAACUGGCCCUCGACCUGCCCACGACGGAUGCGCCCCGGACAAAGCGGUACAAGGCGCAGGUGCCGCUUUACGGGUCCAUAGAUCCCGCCAAGUCGAGCUUCAAGAUCCUGGGCACCAAGCUUGAGGUGUCACUAGGCAAGGCAGAUGGCAGUUCUUGGCCGGUAUUGCGAAGCGACGAUCGGCUAACAGGUGAAAUUCUCCAAAUUGGCCGAGCCGGAAGAGCCUAG